UUUUUUGUUUAUAAAAAUGUAGAUAUCUUUUUAGAAUAAAAAAAUCAUUUUUCUAACGACAUUAGCAAAUAAAUUCAAGAUGUUUGUAACUUAUUAUGUGGAAACGGACGAGACAGGCGGUCAUUAAUUGCUUCGUUUUAUUUGCAAGAUGCAGAACAUCAAACUCUAACGUUAACGGCGAUUUGGCUGAAAUUCUUGAACAUUUAGGCGGUGAAAUGAACGAUCCUCCAGCACAAAUUGGUCCCCAUCUACUUUUUCACGAUACGAUGAGGGCAGAACAGGAUAGACCACAACGAGAGCCUUUUCAUCAUAGGCCAGAUACACUCUGGACUAGACGCAGAUCAUCACCUGAGAUUAUUCAGAAAGUGCGCUUAGCCCUCGAAGAAAUGCACGUCAUCCUAGAUAACAACAAGCCCAGCGCCUCGCUACAUAUUCACGAUGCAACACAGAAAAUACUAUAUUUGCGUUCUUCUUUGUCUGACUAUAACUUCAAUGACAACAAAAACAUCGAGGAUAAUGAUGACGAAAACAACAACGACGAUAGCUGGUAUACACCUUGA